AUGGCUCCUCCGGACGGAUUGGCCGUUGGCAGUGGCGUAGUUGGUGGAGCUGGCUUUUUUGUUCAAGUCUUCCAGGGUUGCGUUAAAAGCUUCGAAUUAUGGAGAAAAGGUGACGAGCUCGCCGAUGAUGCUGAAAUAUUCCAAGCAAGACUAGAAAUGCAAGCUGCAAAGUUGAAGACAUGGGGCGUUGAAUGGGGGCUGGACCGUGGCGCUGAUUCCAUGCAUCUCAAAGACAGGCGUUUUCAGGAGCACGGAGAUGUUGCUGUGAAAUAUGUCGUUCUCAUCUAUCAUUUCCUGGAUGAACUCGGUAAGCUGGGGCAAGAUUUCCCUGCAAUCUCUGCAGCCGGCAACACAUCGAUAUCCGCCGCCUCAUCCAUCACGAAACUGCUUGACAUGGCCAAUCCGAGCUCGACGGAGCGAACACAUUUCGAAGAAAAACUAAGAAGCAUACAGAGUGCUGCUGGGCUGAAAGAAAAAAUGAAAUGGGCGCUGAAUGACGGUGGACCAUUAAAAGCUCUUGACCAGUUGAAGAGCUUGGUUGAUGAAUUGCUCGACUUUUUCACGCCCCCGAAAGUUGACCCUGCAGCAAAACUAGCAUUGAAUAGUCUUUUGGCCACGAUGAGUCUAGCAAAGCUGCAAACAUUGAGCUCACAGUCGGAUGGGAACUCGGAACUGCGGGGGCUGGCCCUCCUCAAGUCUGCAAUCAUAGAAAUGGAUGCCCGAAAGACGGUUCUUGGCAGUGAGAAUGUAAAGGAGAAGGAACGGUUUCUGAAAGAGACCGGUACAAGAGAGGACAAGUCUGGUAGGAGCUACGGCUUCUUUACCAAGAAUAGCACUACACUAGGCGUGCUAGUAGAAUGGAAGCUCGUGGAUCCUGCAAAAUGCCCGCCAAAUUACUCGAGGGGAAUGUACAAAACGAUGCUGCAAUACCGAAUCGAGAACUUGGCAAGGCUUCUCAAGGCUGAGUAUAAGCCUGCAGAGCUACGUACACUGUCCUGUAUCGGUGUAGUUACAAGGUAUCUGGUUGAUGAGAAGUUGGAGCACGGCCUUGUGUUCAAUGUCCCUGGAACAAACCAUCAAUGUUUAGCGCAAAUCCUCGAAGGGGCCGGACAUGACCUUGACGCAGGAGAUUGGUAUCGCAUUGCUGGGAGCAUUUCACGAGCUUUGUUGUACAUGCAUCUUGCUGGUUGGCUUCACAAGGGUAUCCGUAGCGACAACAUACUCUUUUUCGCUGAGAGCAACGGUGGCUUUUCUUACGACAAACCUUUUGUUGUAGGAUUCGAAUAUAGUAGGGAAGCAUCUGCUUCCCACCAAACAGAAGGCGUCACGGAUGAUUUCGAAUACAAUCUUUAUCGCCAUCCAGACGUGCAAGGUUUGCCAGCCGUGGUGCAGACAGCAACAUCAACUUCCAGUACGAGCAAAAUACCAUUUGAUUAUACUCAUGAUCAAUACAGCUUGGGGAUUCUCCUUUUGGAGCUCGGAUUAAGGGAAAGCAUCAAGAUUGUACAGCAAAGAGCAUCUCAAGUUGCUGGAUCUAAGGGUUACUCUGCUGUGGAAUUUCAAGAUUACAUUGUGGAUUGUGAGGUGCCCAAAUUGGCCUCAAGAAUGGGCAAGGGGUACCGGGAUGCGACGAGACUCUGUCUCACAAAAGGCCUCAUCUCUAAAGAUUCUCGAAGCAUUCAGGAACUAUUUUACCUGGAUGUUGUUAGAGUGCUGGAUUCUUACAGAGUACCCUGA